CAUUGACCGCCAACAUGCCUCUCGCAGCGACCAGGACGGUCGCGAAGGCCCAGAACGGCGUCGGCGCCUUCGUCCUCCAAUGCAAGCGCCUCGAAUUCCACUACUGCAACUGGUGGGGAUCCUCAAAAGGCAUGAACGCCUUCAUCAAGUCCUCUCUCCCCUCUUUCGCGCAGCGCAACCCCUCCGUCGAGUUCUCCGUCAGCCCGCGCCCACGCAAGCACCCCGUCAUCAUCGCACACUACAUCAAUGGCGCCACACGGUCCAUCUGCGUUAAGAAUCUGCAGAACGAGGGGGUCAGGGAAAAGGCGGAGGCGCUGAGGGAUAGCAAUGGAGAGAAGAACAAGAGAUUGGGCAAGCCGGUUACGAGUAUCAAUGAGAGCGUUAGGGGUAUUUGGAGUCCGUUCCAUGGUGCAAAGAUCCAGAUCUAGGGGAAGACGAGGAAAUGGGGAUGUAGGAAGCGGACAACGUGAUAGGAGAGCCAAUGCAGCAUCUUCUGGACGCGAGGGUCGAUGGAUCACUCGACUGUACAAUACCUAGGCAUGGGCGGCGCAUAUUGGGUUGGAUAUGUACAGAAAAUGUACGAAUACUGUCAUCGACAUAUUUAAGAUGCACAAACAUCAUCACCCGCUUGCACAUAUUGUUCCUUAGGCUUUGGUUUGUUCAUUGG